AUGUUCACUUCUCCACUUACUAAUGACCCCAACGAUAUGCCUCCUAGCCGUUGCCUCGAGAUCCUUUGGUGUGAGGCAAUGCAGAACAUCGAGGCCGCUGAGGGUCAAAUCCUUGUCCCCGAUAACAUCGUCGAGAAUGUCCUCGGCAUGGAUAACCUCCAGGAAAUGCACAAGCGAUUGGCUCUUUGGACGCCUGGCGCCUUAGCACCACAUGUCAUCCUUGCUGCCGCCAUUGCCGUCACCAACGCCAUUUCUGAGCUGAUCAAGGCCGCCACAGAGAGCCAGCAAGAGAUUGUCCGUGAAGGCCGUGGCAGCUCAUCUCGCACUGCCUUCUACAAGAAGGACAAUCGCUGGACAGAGGGUUUGAUCUCCGCUGCGAAAGCAGUGGCCUCUUCCGCCAACACAUUGAUUGAGACUGCCGAUGGAGUUAUCUCGGGCCGUAACUCGCCCGAGCAGCUGAUCGUCGCCUCCAACGAUGUCGCUGCCAGCACUGCCCAACUUGUCGCCGCCAGUCGUGUCAAGGCCACAUUCAUGAGCAAGACCCAGGACCGUCUGGAGACCGCCAGCAAGGCUGUUGGUUCCGCUUGCCGUGCCCUCGUGCGACAAGUGCAGGACAUCAUCAAAGAGAAGAACCGCGACACCGAUGAGGGAGAGGACUAUGGAAAGCUGAGCUCGCACGAAUUCAAGGUUCGCGAGAUGGAACAGCAGGUCGAAAUCCUUCAACUCGAAAACAAUCUCGCUCGUGCACGCCAGCGCCUUGGCGAAAUGUGCAAGAUCUCAUACCAGGAGGAGUAA